ACAGAACACGCAGAAAACAAAACCAACAGCCGGCGAAGGAGGACGCGAAAUUUCCUGUCCACAGAGUUGGUUGAACGCCCAAGUAGGCUUUGCGUUGAAGGAAUCGGAAAAGUUCCGCCGGAAAAACCGCAGCGAUGAGUAGUCGCCGGAAACGGGAAAGCUCCCCCGUCAGCACCUCCCGAAAGAAGCGCACCCGCAUCCAAAGCAGCAGCGACAGUGAGGAGGUUGGUACGGAGUCGACCUCCGGCACCACGGCCGGGGUGUCCCAAACGGACUCGACCGAGCGGAUGGAGCGCGCCAUCAUCCACGACAUCGAGCAGAACAUCCGCAGCGGGAAGAUUCUGAAGAUCCAGCUGAAGAACUUUAUGUGCCACCGGAACAUGGUCGUGGAGUUCAACAAGCGGGCCAACCUGCUGGUGGGUAACAACGGCAGCGGGAAGAGUGCCGUGCUGGCGGCCCUGACCAUCGGGCUGGGCUGCUCGGCCAGCGCGACCAACCGGAGCAGCAGCUUGAAGCAACUCAUCAAGCACGGCGAGUCGCAGGCCACGAUCGAGAUCCACCUGGAGAACGACAGCGUGGAGGCGUACGAGCGGGACGUGUACGGGGACAAAAUCAUCGUGACGCGCACGAUCAGCGCUUCCGGCUCGAGCGCGUACAAGCUCAAGAGCGAAAGCGGCCAAGUCGUCACCACCAGCCGGGCCGAGCUGCAGAAGAUGAUUCUGUUCCUGAACAUCCAGGUGGACAAUCCGGUGUGCGUGCUGAACCAGGACCUGGCGCGCUCCUUUCUGAAGGACUCGGACGAGAAGAAGCAGUACACGUUGUUCCUGAAAGCCACCCAGGUGGAGGCGAUUAUGGCCAAGCUGAACGGAUGUACGCCCCAGUACGAGAACGCCAAGCACAAUCUGGAGUGCAACGAGCGGAGUUUGCGCUUUCUGGAGGGGGAGAUCACGAGGAUGAAGGAAAAGUACGAAAACUUGCAGUCGGUGGAAAAGCUGAAGGAGAAGAUGAAGGACGCGCAGCACAAGCUGGGCUGGCGCGUUGUCUCGGACAAGACAGCCGAAUGCAGCACGGUGGAGCAACAGCUUGGCGAGAAGUUGGACGUGCUGAAGGAACAAAAUGAUGCCAUCCAGAACCGGUCCAAGAUCGAGGCGGAAAUCGAGACUAACAUCAAACGCCAUCUGUGCGACAUUGAGGCGAAGAAGGUCGUCUACGGGGAGGUCAAGGAGAAGUACGUGCAGGCACGUCGGAUUGGCCAGCAGCUGCAGGAACAGCUGGGCGAAAAGAAGCGCCAGAUGCAGAAGGUCAAGGAGCGGGUGACGCGCCAAACCGACGACAUCAACAGCUUGGAGACCGACAUGCAGGAGCGCAGUGAGUCCGGAGUAAACCGGGUCGCGGACGAGAAGCGCCGCAACGAAGCGAUGCUGGCCGAGCUGGGUGGCAAGCGGGCCGACUUGGCGGCGAUGAUCGAGAACGCCAAGCGGGACGUGGACCUGCUGCACAACACGGUCAACCAGAUCGGGGACGUCAAGGAGGAGACGACGCACCGGCGCGUCGCGAAGCAGCACGAGAAGUGUGAGUUGAUCGUUGACCCUAAAAUGAGUCAGAGUCGUUCUGACCAGUUGUUUAUCCCUUUUUCAGCCCGCGCCGAAGCCCAGCUGCGGCAGUUCGAGACGUCCUCGCGGGACAACCUGUCCGUGUUUGGCAACAACAUGCCGGCGUUUGUGGCGAAAAUCAAGGACAUGCACCAGCGGGGUAAGUUCAGCGAGUUGCCGCGCGGUCCGCUCGGCCAGUACGUGAAGGUCAAGGACAAAAAGUGGACCGCGAUGGUGGAGACCAUGAUCGGGCAGGGAAUGCUGUGCGCGUUCUACGUCAACUCGGACGCCGACCGGAACACGCUGAACCGGCUAAUUCAGAGCGAGUUUCCCGAGAUGCGCGGCCGGUCGAUCAUCACCAGUCGCUUCCACAAGCAGGUGUACGACGUUCGGGACGGAUCUGUGGAGGAGGUCGGAGGCGCUCAUUCGCUCAUGAGGCUGAUCACCGUCAGCGAUCCGGUCGUGAUGAACUGUCUGAUUGAUCAGGUGAAAAUUGAAACAAUUCUCGCCGUCGAAGAUCAAAAUCUGGCCAUCGAACUGACCAGCCAAUCAGAGAACGUUCCGCGCAACCUGCAAAAGGUGGUCGUGAUGGAACCGUUUUCCGAGUUCUACCCUAUGCCCAACUACAGAAGCUACGGGUUGGCAAAGAAACCCGCCCGUUAUCUCCAGGUGAACAUGGGCGAGCUAAAGAAAGAAACGCAGCGGCUGUUGGAGCGAUUGGAGCACGAGUUGCGACAGCUCAACCAGAAGAUCGAGCAAGAAACGCGCGAGCACGGCGAGAAACAGCGCGCCCUGCAGGAAAAGCAGAAGCAGCUCUCCAAGCAGCAGAUCGAGCUCAACGGGUUGGAGUUGAAAAUAAACCAACUCAAAGCGAUCGAAUAUCCGGCCGAACUGGAAGACGUCACGCUACAGAACGAACUGGCCGAACUGAAGGCGUCCCAAGCGCAGCUGAAGCAGGAGCUGGAACAGGAGAACGAAAAAAUCCAAACGUUCAUGAGCGAAAUCCAAGCCCAAGAGCGCAACAUCCAGGAGAAGAAGGACAACAUGGGCGUCAUCGAGCGGGAGAUUCAACAACUCCAGGACAAAAUCGACGAGGAGCAGCAGAAAAAGCACGACAUGCAGGCGAACGCCAAGACGAAGCACCAGCAGCUGAGUCGGCUGCAGGAAGAGCUGAAGGCCCUGCAGGCGAACCGGAACGCCGUCAAGCAAUCGCUGGAGGUCGCCCGCCAGGAGGCCCAAGAGCGGGGCGAACGCGUAGAGGUGACCGAGACGCAGGAACAGCUGCGCAAGCUGAUGCUGGUCACCGAGAAGCGAAUCAAACACAUCAACUCCGCCAACGACGACAUCGACGACGUCAAAGCCGUCCUGGACAGCAAGCUGAUCAAGCGGGACGGUACGCUGCGCUACACGGAAUCGCUGAAGCGCGUCAUGCGACUGCUGCAGAACUCGCGCUCAGCCCGGUACGCGUACCUGUCCAAGCUCAAGUCGCACAUGUCACUCCGUGUCAAGCACAAGUUCAACACCGUGAUGGAGCUGCGCGGCUUUGUCGGGGAAAUCCUGGUCGAUCCGAAGAACUGCACGCUGGCGCUGUCGGUUGUGCCCCGGGACAAGAACGUCUCGAACGCGGUCUCCAACACCAAGUCGCUGUCCGGGGGCGAGCGGUCCUACUCGACGGUGGCGUUCCUCAUCUCGCUGUGGUCCUGCGUGGACACGCCGUUCUACUUUCUGGACGAGUACGACGUGUUUACCGACCAGGUCAACCGGCACAUGAUGACGAUGCUGCUGCUGAACGAAACGAAGAAGAAAGCGGACCGCCAGUUUUGCUUCCUGACGCCGCAGGACAUGAGCAACAUCCAGGCGCACGAGCAUCUCACCAUUCAUCGAAUGGCCGAUCCGGAGCGGUGCUGAGACGAAAGACUGGCAGAUCUGGCUUAGUUGUAGUAUUUGACCAAUGAAAACCACGAACUGUGUUAUUGUUGAACUUUCUGUUAGACUGUUGUUUCUUUUUCCAUUGAAUUAUUUCUUCCAAGCAGGAACGUUGAAAUGUUCUACAAAUAAAUAAAUUUGACUAUUUCAAAUGA